AGCCUCUCUCUCUGGCCAUACAGCCAGGCCUGGGGCUGAAGGCUGCCAUCCUCCCUGGAUCUCCUCACCUGGAUCUCCUCACCUGGAUUUCCUAGGCCUCGGGCUAAGGGUCUUUGUUAGGGUCCUGGUCUCUGGGACUGUGGGAACAGCAGCAGCUGCAGAAACCAUGGAGGUGGCUAUGGUGGACUUUGAGAGUCUGGACGACAUCGACAGCAGCCUGGAAAAUGAACUGGACAACUCAGAUUACCCUGAUGAGACCGCUGCCCUGGCGGUCGACAUUCCCCCCGAACAAUGCUCCUUCCCCGGCUCUCACCACUUCUCCUCCCCCCUGCCCAACCACACCUCAACCCCCCAGCCUCACCGUCCCUCCUCACACAACCCCCACAUUUGGCACACCUCCCCAUGCCCGUCCCCGUCCCCCAAUAAUUUGGGCGUGCCUCAGUCGCCCCUCAUGCCAGCCCACAGCAGGAGGGGGCACCCUAGAUGUGCCAGCAUCAUCACCAACUGGCAGAAGUUGCUUAAUAGUGAGACCCAGAUGCAGAGCGAGACCAUCUUCAGCCAGCUGGCUAAGGAGUGCUGUGAGGAUCUGUUUGUGGACAAGACAGGUCUAGACGACGGAGGCCAAAAGGUCAUCAUCAACAUCGCCGGGCUACGAUUCGAGACGCAGCUCAAAACCCUCAACCAGUUCCCCGAGACCCUUCUGGGGGACCCUAGGAAGAGGGUGGACUACUUUGACUCCAUGAGGAACCUGUAUUUCUUCGACAGGAACCGGCCCAGCUUCGAUGGAAUCCUGUACUACUACCAGUCAGGAGGGAAGAUCCGUCGGCCGGCCAACGUUCCACUGGAUGUGUUUGCUGAUGAGAUCGUGUUCUAUGAGCUGGGGAGCGACGCCAUGGAGCAGUUCAGAGAGGACGAGGGCUUCAUCAAGGAAGUGGAGAUCCCUCUCCCGACCAAUGAGAUGUAUCACCAAUUCUGGCUGCUGUUCGAGUACCCCGAGAGUUCCAACGCGGCACGCGGCAUGGCGCUGGUCUCCGUGUUUGUCAUCGUUAUCUCCAUCAUCAUCUUCUGCCUGGAGACGCUGCCGGAGUUCCGGGAAAACUCCCUGGACCCCGUCCUACCCACCACCGUCACGCAUCUGAUGCCUUUGGAUGGGAGCCAAUCGCUGGGCGGCCUCGGGACCUUGUUCCUGCCCUCGGCCAAGCCCAAAACCAUCACCUCCACGUUCUCCGACCCAUUCUUCAUCAUCGAGACGGCCUGCAUCGUCUGGUUCUUCUUCGAGCUGGCUGUGCGCUUCGUGGUUUGUCCCUCCAAGAGCGACUUCUUCCACAACCUCAUGAACAUCAUCGACAUUGUCUCCAUCAUCCCGUACUUCGUCACCUUGGUAACGGAGCUGGUCACCACCCCGGACCAGAACUCCAGCCAGGCAAUGUCUCUGGCCAUCCUUCGUAUCAUCCGCCUGGUCAGGGUGUUCAGGAUCUUCAAGCUGUCCAGACACUCCAAGGGGCUCCAGAUCCUGGGCCAGACACUGAAGGCCAGCAUGCGGGAGCUGGGCCUGCUCAUCUUCUUCCUCUUCAUCGGAGUCAUCCUCUUCUCCAGCGCCAUCUACUUCGCCGAGGUGGACGAGCCCAGCACGCAGUUCGUCAGCAUCCCCGACGGGUUCUGGUGGGCUGUGGUCACCAUGACUACAGUGGGUUACGGAGACAUGUGCCCGAUCACCAUGGGGGGAAAGAUGGUGGGGACACUCUGCGCCAUCGCUGGCGUGCUGACCAUCGCCCUGCCCGUCCCCGUCAUCGUGUCCAACUUCAACUACUUCUACCACCGGGAGACGGAGCAAGAGGACAAGCAGCCGAUGGCAGACACAGCAGAGCUGGCCAUGAAGGCCUCAGGAGACAGUAAACAUGGGAGUAGCACUUCUCUGAACAAGACCAACGGGACCUGGCAGGGAAACUAGCUCACUGGCCUCUGAGACAUGGAGACUGACAGUGGAAGAGACAGACUGGGACAGAGACAUUAUGGAGACUGACUGAUCUUUCUACAGAGAUCCAUAGAGUGGUAUUGUCUAUUCUAACACUGUAGAAGAGACAAUGUGGGACAGACAGACACAGACAGACUUACCUGUCCACCUAUCCACUGUGAGGACAGACAGAGUGACCUGUCCAUUAUGGAAGAUAGCGACUGAGACAGAGAAAGACUCUCCUGUCCUCGGGGAGAAAGACAUAAAAUCCCCUCCUGUGGGAAGACACAGUGAUACCUUCCCUUUACUGUUAGAUAAGGGACAAUACAGUGCCACUGACACGGCCUGCAACGAAAACAUGUGGUCUCUCCUUCACUACAGCCGAGGUGAGUAAGACAUUUAAACGUGUUAACCCUCGCAAGGCUGCAGGCCCAGACGGCAUCCCCAGCCGCGCCCUCAGAGCAUGCGCAGACCAGCUGGCCGGUGUGUUUACGGACAUAUUCAAUCAAUCCCUAUACCAGUCUGCUGUUCCCACAUGCUUCAAGAGGGCCACCAUUGCUCCUGUUCCCAAGAAAGCUAAGGUAACUGAGCUAAACGACUACCGCCCCGUAGCACUCACUUCCGUCAUCAUGAAGUGCUUUGAGAGACUAGUCAAGGACCAUAUCACCUCCACCCUACCUGACACCCUAGACCCACUCCAAUUUGCUUAC